AUGUACAUGGCAAGCAAACAAGUCAAGCAAGCGGUUAAAGAUGCCCAGCACCCGACCCAGCAGCCCCCCACCUCAACAACAGACGACACCCCUGACUUCAAUCGUAUGAAAGUAUCGCUCCAGGUACCAGACGCCCUGUUCGGCAGCUCGUUCACGUUGGUUACGAACCUUUCGACACGAGUAGGCAACUUGAUCAUGAAUACGGCUCGUCGUACAGGCGAGAUUCUUUGGGUUAUUCAGCCUCUAAUAGGGAAGAAUUUAACGAUUCAGAUUCCUACCACAACGACAACGACGCGACGCACCACUACAAGAACAACCACAACUACUACUGCUCGCCCUACUACUACUACUACUGCUACUACGGCUGCCGCCAGUGGGAGUAGUUCUGUGCAGACCAACGAAAUAAAAUAAGUGUUUUCUAGUUCCAAGAGAUCUUUGAACAAUUUGAAAGAAUUAUGAAAACAAUCGGUUAUUUUAUGAUGAGUUACGGAUGUUUCGUUCCUUAAGAAUGCAUGGUUUCAGGUAUCAAACAAAAUAUUUGGAAACCCAUGUUUUACUAUUUCUUCUUAUUCUUAUUUAUUUUCUUAGAGUUAGUAUUUUGAGACAGUUACUAGAGAUUUACAGUUGAGUUCAACACAGUUCAGAUUUUUAUAUAUACAUAUACAAUA